AUGAAAGAAUUGAACGACACAACGCAACAAACUAAACAGUACUGCAGUAAAUUUACAUUGGAAAGCGUUAUUCGUCGUAAUGCCGACAAUACAGAACGUAUUAUGAAAAAUGCAAUGGGAUAUGUGGUCUCUAAUAAUGCUAUAGGUACUAUAGCCAUAUCGUCUUAUGAUAACACCGUAUCCGUUGGAAUUAUGAAACUUAUUUGCGGCGUUUUGGUGGCAGCUGCAAGAAGCGCUGUGCGAGACUUGGAUAGUACAAACGAUUUGUGCUUCCUUCGCAUAGCCACGAGAAAAUCUGAAUAUUUGGUUGCACCAGAAGGUGAAUUUACUAUUGUAGUGAUUCAGUAA